GUAUCUUUUUAAUCUGUGGUAUUUAUUUUGUGUAUGAAAUAUCCGGAAUUGAACUUAAUUCCCGAUUCCGUUCUUACUUUGUUCAUUAUUUAUAUUAUUCGAAAUAAAAACCAAAAUAAAAUUUAUUGUGUGUUUACCUAAGCAUAUCUGUAAUGUAAUUUAAUACUUACAUUCUACAAUAGAUAUACACAAAAAUGGCAACCAAGAAGAAAAAUAUAUUUACGAGAAGUAAACCUUUAAUGAACAUUUAUAGCUCCAUAGACCAUGAAGGAAAAGAGGUAGAAGUCAGAGAAGAUGCAGAGCAAAUUGUUAAAUGGCAUGAAAUAUCAGAUGCACUAGUCGCUGCUGGCUACUAUCGUGCCCAACUUCAGGGGCUUUCACCUUUUGACAAGAUUGUUGGAGGCUUGACAUGGUGUAUUGAGCUAUGUGAUAUAGAUGUGGAUGUUAGCCUUUUAUUCGAGGAGAAUCUUACAAUAGGAAAAAAAAUAGCAUUAACUGAGAAAAUUGUUAAAGUUCUGCCAACAAUGAAAUGUCCACAUGUGAUUGAACCUCAUCAAAUCCAGGGAUUGGAUUUUAUCAAUAUUUUCCCAUUGAUUUUGUGGUUAAUAAAGUAUUCCAGUGAAUUCAGAGAAGCUAAAGAAGAUGAGCUACGAAAAUUUGCUGUUAUGCAAUAUGAAAAGAAUCACAUGUUUGAGUCUGAUAGAGCAUUAUUUCUUCAGAAAGAAAAGUUAUUAAAAAAUUUAGCUAUUGUUCGGCAUCUUUAUAAACCAUGCAGAGUACGAAAACGGAAGGGUGGACUUCCUACCAAUGAGCUAGAACAAGUGAAUUCCACUCUUUCUGAAUAUGACCAGCGGAUGUUAAUGCACGUAUCUACAAAUAAAGACACAACCAAGAAUGAUGAAGGUCUUGACUUCUUAUAUGACUAUGAAAAAACUUUGGCUGAUCCAUCUGAAAUUACUACGAAGACAGAUAAAUAUAUCAAUAUACAAGAGAGUCAAGAUGCAGCAGAAACUAAAAUACACUAUGCAGUGCUACACUCAGAGCUAACUGGGGAAAUUUCUAAGGAACUUGAAAUGAGUGAAAGGAUAAAGUAUUCUGAGGAUGUCGAAAAACUCACUAAGGCAAUUGAUAGAAUGGAAAAGGAAAUGGAGGAAUUCAAGAAAGACCAUCAUGAUAGAAUUGAGGCAGCAAAAAAUAAUUAUACUAGUAUGAUGGAAAAGUUACAAAAAAUUACAUAUAAAUUAAUGAAGUCUGAUGACUAUAGUGAUAAAAAUGUAAAAAAAUUCUACAAAUCCCUUAAGGAACUGGCGCAGGAAAGAAAUGAAUUACUUGAAAUUAUUAAGAACAGGGAGAAAGAACAUAGGAGAUUAGAAGAGGAAUUGAGGAUUGCACAGGAUCCGAAUACUGUAAUAGAGGACAAACCACUGACUUCUGAAGAGUUAAAAGAAUUUCAAGAAAGAGAGGAUAAAUUAAAAUCUUUCAUUAGCAACAUGAGAUUAGAACUUGCGAAAUUAAAUCGUGAAGUUUUGAGAUAUUCUUUAAGCAUAGAUGAAGUACCAGGAACUGCAGAACUAUUGCAAUAUGAGAAGAGAUUCAUGGAACUUUACAAUCAAGUGGCUUCAAAACAUAGAGAAACUAAACAGUAUUAUAUAUUUUAUAAUACCCUAUAUGAAGUGAAGCUGUAUACAUCGAAAGAAUUAAGUUUGCUUAAUUCUAUAUUGGAUAAUUAUGAAGAAGCAAUGUCAUCAACUAGAAAAAGAGAAGAGUUUAUGACCCAAUUUGAGUCUAUUGUGGAUUGGGUGAAUCAGACUGUAAGAAAAGUUGAAGAUAAGUAUAAAAAUGAGAAGGACCAAAAAGCUGCUCUGCACAAUGAGUAUUCUCGACUACUUGAGAUUCAAAGGCAAUAUGCAGCGGCUCUGAAAAAAUUAGCCGAAGAAAGGCAAAAGAUUGGCAGAAGUAGUUAAUUAUUUGAGACGGUAUAAGGAAGUGCAAUAAUUUUAUAUUAAUAUAAUACCUAUAUGCCACAGUCAGAAUUUUCUGGUUAACUAUGUUGAUUGAAGUAUUUAAUUACAUUACAUUAUUUAUGACUUGAUGCUUAGAUGUAAUAAGUUUUGAUAUUUUUUCAAUCGAUUUUUUCAAUAUUUUUAACUAAGAAGUAGUUAUGACUGUAACAUGGAUAAAAAAAGACAUAAGUAUAUCUAGUCCAUAAAGUAGAUUAUAUAUUUUCUCGCAGAAUUUCUAUAUUAAUGACACCGGUAAUAGGAGAAUUUUGUUUCAUUUAGGUAGAUAGAAUUGCAUGGUAAACAAUUAGAAAAAAAACUUCUAUUAUACAUAUUUCUCUUUGAUGUUUACCAUUUACCAUCAGAUUCUACAAGUUGUUCAUUUGUUUUAUAAUUGUUAUGUACUAAAACAAACUUCUGUGAAUCUUAUGUAGUGAAAUAAUGAAAAUUAAAAUAUUGCGAGAAUAGUUUUUUCUACUUUUAUAUUACUUUUACAACAAUUACAUACACAUUCGAAUUAAGUUUUAUAAUGUUAUAUAAUACUAAGACUGAAAUAGCUUUUUAUAUUGUUUUGUUAAGCAACAUCGUAGAUAUUGUAAAAUGUAAUAUAUUUAA